GGGUGCCCCGGGCGGGCGAUCGGGGCCAUGGGGCUGCCCACGCUGGAGUUCAGCGACUCGUACCUGGACAGCCCCGACUUCAGGGAGCGGCUGCAGUGCCACGAGGUCGAGCUGGAGCGCACCAACAAGUUCAUCAAGGAGCUCCUCAAGGACGGCUCGCUGCUCAUCGGGGCGCUGCGCAAUCUGUCUAUGGCAGUACAGAAAUUUUCGCAGUCACUACAAGAUUUCCAGUUCGAAUGUAUUGGCGAUGCAGAAACAGAUGACGAAAUUAGCAUUGCUCAGUCUCUGAAAGAAUUCGCCAGACUGCUCAUCGCGGUGGAAGAAGAAAGGAGAAGGCUGAUUCAAAAUGCCAACGAUGUUUUAAUCGCACCACUCGAGAAAUUUCGGAAAGAGCAGAUCGGGGCAGCCAAAGACGGAAAGAAGAAGUUCGACAAGGAGAGUGAAAAGUACUACUCUGUCCUAGACAAGCACCUCAACCUGUCGGCCAAGAAGAAGGAGUCUCACCUGCAAGAGGCAGAUACGCAGCUUGAUCGAGAGCAUCACAACUUCUACGAAGCGUCGCUGGAAUAUGUCUUCAAAAUCCAGGAGGUCCAGGAGAAAAAGAAAUUUGAAUUUGUCGAGCCGCUUUUGUCGUUCCUUCAGGGCUUAUUUACUUUUUACCACGAAGGCUAUGAACUGGCCCAGGAGUUCGCACCUUACAAGCAGCAGUUGCAGUUCAACUUGCAAAACACACGGAACAAUUUCGAGAGCACCCGGCAGGAGGUGGAGCGUCUGAUGCAGAGGAUGAAGACCGCCAACCAGGACUACCGCGCACCGGGCCGCUGGAGCAUGGAGGGGUACCUGUAUGUACAGGAGAAACGGCCAUUGGGCUUCACAUGGACCAAACAUUACUGCACCUACCACAAGGGAAGCAAGACCUUCACCAUGAGCGUCUCGGAAGUGAAGUCGAGUGGGAAGAUGAAUGGACUGGUUACUGGCUCACCAGAGAUGUUUAAGUUAAAAUCGUGUAUCCGGCGAAAGACAGAUUCCAUUGACAAGCGGUUCUGCUUCGACAUAGAAGUGGUGGAAAGGCACGGCAUCAUCACCCUGCAGGCCUUCUCUGAAGCCAACCGAAAGCUCUGGCUGGAGGCCAUGGAUGGGAAGGAGCCGAUUUACACACUUCCGGCCAUAAUCAGCAAGAAAGAAGAAAUGUACUUGAACGAGGCAGGCUUCAACUUUGUGAGGAAAUGCAUCCAGGCUGUGGAGACGAGAGGCAUCACCAUCUUGGGGCUCUACCGCAUAGGCGGCGUCAACUCCAAAGUCCAGAAAUUCAUGAAUACGAUAUUCUCCCCCAAGUCCCCCCCAGAUAUUGACAUUGACGUCGACCUGUGGGACAACAAGACCAUCACCAGUGGACUGAAGAACUACCUCAGGUGCCUGGCCGAGCCGCUGAUGACCUACCGGCUGCACAAGGACUUCAUCAUGGCCGUUAAGUCUGAUGACCAGAACUACCGGGUGGAAGCCGUCCAUGCACUGGUGCACAAGCUGCCAGAGAAGAACCGGGAGAUGUUGGACAUCCUGAUCCAGCACCUGGUCAAAGUGUCUCUGCACAGCCAGCAGAAUCUCAUGACCGUCUCGAACCUCGGAGUCAUAUUUGGCCCGACUCUGAUGAGAGCUCAGGAGGAGACCGUGGCGGCCAUGAUGAACAUUAAAUUCCAGAAUAUUGUUGUGGAAAUUCUAAUAGAGCAUUACGAAAAGAUCUUCCACUCGGCCCCAGACCCAAACAUUCCUCUGCCCCAGCCGCAGUCCCGGUCAGGAUCCAGAAGGACUCGCGCCAUCUGCCUCUCCUCGGGCAACCGCAAGCCCCGGGGUCGCUAUACCCCAUGUCUGGCUGAACCUGACAGUGACUCCUACAGCAGCAGCCCCUACAGUACUCCCAUGGGAAGCCUCGAGUCUCUGUCCUCACACUCCUCUGAGCAGAAUAGCACUGCCAAACCAUCUUCUGGGCAGUCCCGGGAGAAGACAGGCACCGUGCCCUGGAUCGCUGCCCAGGCCACCGCCAGUGGCCAGAAAAGUCUCGGCCUUUGGGCCAACACGAGCCCAGAGUCAAGCUCCCGAGAGGACGCUGCAAGGACGGACGCAGAGUCUGAUGGCCAGAGCGUGGCCUCGGUUACCAGCCCUGGGGACGGGUCCCCACCCAUGGAUCUGGCCAAGAAAGGGCCCUAUGGACUCUCGGGGCUCAAAAGAACCUCUGUGUCCUCGCUGCGCUCUGUGUCUGCAGCCGAAGGAAACAAGAGCUACAGCGGAUCCAUUCAGAGCCUAACGUCCAUCAGCUCCAAAGAGCCGCUAAAAACCACCCCAAACCCAGACCUGCCGCCCAAGAUGGGCAGGAGGUUGAGGCUGGACACAGCCUCGAGCAACGGCUACCAGCGGCCUGGCUCUGUUGUGGCGGCAAAGGCCCAGCUGUUUGAAAAUGUCUCUUCAGUGAAGCCAGUUUCCUCUGGGCGCCAAGCCAAAGCCAUGUACUCCUGCAAAGCCGAGCACAGCCACGAGCUCUCCUUCCCGCAGGGGGCGCUCUUCUCUGACGUUUAUCCUUCGGUGGAACCAGGAUGGUUGAAGGCGACGUACGAAGGCAAAACAGGACUAGUCCCAGAAAAUUAUGUUGUCUUCCUCUGACACUACUUAGUGGACGGUUGUAUCUUCAUGGUAUCCAUGGUAACAAAUAAGUGCUAUGAUUUUUAUCUGACACAGAUAUGGGCAUCAGCCCAUUAAAUGAAAACACUCAAUGUCUCUCAAGUUCUAUA